AAACCCUGUCUCUUAAAAAAAGAAAGAGAGGAGGGAGAGAGGGAAUUCAUGGCCCAGUACAAAGGAAUUUACAGAGAACACCAGAGCAGGGAGAGAUGAUUGUAAAGGGGCUGGCGCUCUCUUCUGGCUCUCUCCUGAAGGAAUUCCAUGCAUUAGGGAGAAGAUAACAAAUGGUUAGAGCCAGAGCCCAGGAAGCCUCAUUCCCACUGGUGGCCUGUCUGGCUGUGUGCUAUCCUCUUGCUGAUAAGGAUACCAGGGAGGCAGUUUUGUUGUUUGUGAGUGACAAGUUGGUAUUCUUCUUUUUAUGACUCAGUAGAAGACUGUAAUGUUGGUAUUUUUGUCUCUGCUCCCUAAGUGUUGAGACGAGGUGUGUGCUACCCAUGCCCAAUUUUUCAUUGUUGUUUUGUUUUAAACCUUAUUUUUACAUGUACGGGUGUUUUGCCUGCAUGUGUGUUUGUGUACCAUAUACAUGCCUGGUGUUCACAGAGGUCAUAAGAGGGGUUCAGAUCUGGAACUGGAAUUACAGACAGUUGUGAACCCUCCAUGUGGGUGCUGGGAACCAAACCUGGGUCCUCCACAAGAGCAACCAACCCUCUUAACUGCUGAGCCACCUCUCCAGCUCCUGAAUGUUGGAACUACGUGUGUACAUUAUCAUGGUCAGAUAACAUGAGUGACUGGGUACCUAUUGCCAAGGAAUAUGACCCGCUUAAAGCUGGCAGCAUCGACGGCACAGAUGAAGACCCACAUGACCGGGCUGUGUGGAGGGCCAUGCUGGCCCGCUAUGUACCCAACAAAGGUGUUACUGGAGACCCCCUUCUUACCCUGUUUGUGGCACGACUAAACUUGCAGACCAAAGAGGAAAAGUUAAAGGAAGUCUUCUCCCGCUAUGGUGACAUUCGGCGGCUGCGGCUGGUUCGGGAUCUAGUGACUGGCUUUUCCAAGGGCUAUGCCUUCAUCGAGUACAAGGAGGAGCGGGCCCUACUGAAGGCCUACCGUGAUGCUGAUGGCUUGGUCAUCGACCAGCACGAGAUAUUCGUGGACUAUGAGCUAGAACGCACUCUCCGUGGCUGGAUCCCUCGGCGGCUGGGUGGAGGACUGGGUGGGAAAAAGGAAUCUGGGCAGCUGAGGUUCGGGGGCCGGGAUCGGCCUUUCCGAAAGCCCAUCAACUUGCCUGCUGUCAAGAAUGAGCAGCAUAGAGAAGGGAAAAGAGAAAGGAGGGAGCGAUCUCGAUCCCGGGACAGACACUGGGACCCCAGGCCCAGGGAGCGGGACCAUGACAGGGGCCGAGAGAAACGCUGGCAAGAGAGGGAAAUGGCCAGGGUGUGGCCUGAGAAUGAUUGGGAAAGAGAGAGGGAGUUCAGGGAGGACAGGGCUAAAGGCAGGGACAAGAGGGAUAGAAGUAAGUAAAGCCAAUGGCAGGCCAUGGAGGCCUACCCAGAGGCCCUGGGCCGCCAUCAGACUGGGGCAGCUCCCUUUCCAGCCCAGAACCCAGGCUCACGCAGACCUAAGAGAGGCUGUGCUUCUGCAGCUUGAACUGGAGAGCGUGAGUGUGCUAGGCAGGUGCCGCACUGUGGGGCACAGAUGGGAGGGGAAACCGCAUGAGAAAUCGCCCGUCUGGUGCUUGCAAAUGCUUGUCAGCCCAGCUUCCGGGAAACAGAGGCCAGAGUAAAAGUGGUAACAAAGAA